AUGAUCCACUCUCAAACCUCAACACAUGCACCAAACACUGCUGAAACUGGACCUACUAUACAGCAGAGAACUGAUCAAACAGAAGGUAUACAUCUGAAUACUGCUCAAGAAAGCAGCACAAGUGAACAUAUCACUGGUACACAUCAAGCUGUAAUUCUGAGUUCUUGGUCAAAUAAACCCUUCAUGACUGCAACUACAAUGGCAGAUGACAACAACAAUAAUGCUGCGACAAUGACCUCUGUAUCAAUAAACACUGUUGAUAGUUCCCGUUAUCACAUAACGAAGAGACCUACUACAACAUCAAGAGAAAUGAAUCAAUCUGAUUUAACCACCAUAACCGCCAAUGACAUAUCUACAGUUUCGCCCACUCAUCUCAUUCGAACCUCAGCACAAGCAUCAAAUACAGGUAAAACAGAAUCUACUAUACAACAUAUAACUGAUCAAACUGAAGGCAUGCCACUGACUACAGCUGCAGAAAACAAGCCAAGUAAAAGUACUAUCGGUACAGAUCAAACUGUUUCUUCAAGCUUGCAGUCAAAUGGACCCAUCAUGACUGCUACUUCAACAAUACACUACAACAAAAAUUCUGUGAUGCCUUCUUCUCCAUCAACACAACCUGAAGAUAGUUCACCUUAUUACAGCACUGGCAAUCCCCCAAAAUCUGUGGAUAAAUCUGAAUCAAGUAGCAUGCCUGCAACUGACAUACCUACAGUUUCUCCAAUGAUCCACUCUCAAACCUCAACGCGUGCACCAAACACUGGUGAAACUGGACCUACUAUACAGCAGAGAACUGAUCAAACAGAAGGUAUACAUCUGACUACUGCUCAAGAAAGCAGGACAAGUGAACAUAUCACUGGUACACAUCAAGCUGUAAUUCUGAGUUCUCAGUCAAGUAAACCCUUCAUGACUGCAACUACAAUGGCAGAUGACAACAACAAUAAUGCAGCGACAAUGACCUCUGCAUCAAUAAACACUGUUGAUAGUUCAUCUUAUUACAAAACGAAGAGACCUACUGCAAUAUCAAGAGAAAUGAAUCAAUCUGAUUUAACCACCAUAACCGCCAAUGACAUAUCUACAGUUUCGUUCACUCAUCUCACUCGAACCUCAGCACAAGCAUCAAAUACUGGUAAAACAGCAACUACUAUACAACAUAUAACUGAUCAAACUGAAGGCAUGCCACUGACUACAGCUGCAGAAAACAAGCCAAGUAAAAGUAUUAUCGGUACAGAUCAAACUGUUUCUUCAAGCUUGCAGUCAAAUGGACCCAUCAUGACUGCUACUUCAACAAUACACUACAACAAAAAUUCUGUGAUGCCUUCUUCUCCAUCAACACAACCUGAAGAUAGUUCAUCUUAUUACAGCACUGGCAAUCCCACAAAAUCUGUGGAUAAAUCUGAAUCAAGUAGCAUGCCUGCAACUGACAUACCUACAGUUUCUCCAAUGAUCCACUCUCAAACCUCAACGCGUGCACCAAACACUGGUGAAACUGGACCUACUAUACAGCAGAGAACUGAUCAAACAGAAGGUAUACAUCUGACUACUGCUCAAGAAAGCAGGACAAGUAAACAUAUCACUGGUACACAUCAAGCUGUAAUUCUGAGUUCUCAGUCAAAUAAACCCUUCAUGACUGCAACUACAAUGGCAGAUGAUAACAACAAUAAUGCUGCGACAAUGACCUCUGCAUCAAUAAACACUGUUGAUAGUACAUCUUAUUACAAAACGAAGAGACCUACUGCAAUAUCAAGAGAAAUGAAUCAAUCUGAUUUAACCACCAUAACCGCCAAUGACAUAUCUACAGUUUCGCCCACUUAUCUCACUCGAACCUCAGCACAAGCAGCAAAUACUGGUAAAACAGCAUCUACUAUACAACAUAUAACUGAUCAAACUGAAGGCAUGCAACUGACUACAGCUGCAGAAAACAAGCCAAGUAAAAGUACUAUCGGUACAGAUCAAACUGUUUCUUCAAGCUUGCAGUCAAAUGGACCCAUCAUGACUGCUACUUCAACAAUACACUACAACAACAAUUCUGUGAUGCCUUCUUCUCCAUCAACACAACCUGAAGAUAGUUCACCUUAUUACAGCACUGGCAAUCCCACAAAAUUUGUGGAUAAAUCUGAAUCAAGUAGUAUGUCUGCAACUGACAUACCUACAGUUUCUCCAAUGAUCCACUCUCAAACCUCAACGCGUGCACCAAACACUGGUGUAACUGGGCCUACUAUACAGCAUAGAACUGAUCAAACAGAAGGUAUACAUCUGAAUACUGCUCAAGAAAGCAGGACAAGUGAACAUAUCACUGGUACACAUCAAGCUGUAAUUCUGAGUUCUUGGUCAAAUAAACCCUUCAUGACUGCAACUACAAUGGCAGAUGACAACAACAAUAAUGCUGCGACAAUGACCUCUGUAUCAAUAAACACUGUUGAUAGUUCCCGUUAUCACAUAACGAAGAGACCUACUGCAACAUCAAGAGAAAUGAAUCAAUCUGAUUUAACCACCAUAACCGCCAAUGACAUAUCUACAGUUUCGCCCACUCAUCUCACUCGAACCUCAGCACAAGCAUCAAAUACAGGUAAAACAGCAUCUACUAUACAACAUAUAACUGAUCAAACUGAAGGCAUGCCACUGACUACAGCUGCAGAAAACAAGCCAAGUAAAAGUACUAUCGGUACAGAUCAAACUGUUUCUUCAAGCUUGCAGUCAAAUGGACCCAUCAUGACUGCUACUUCAACAAUACACUACAACAAAAAUUCUGUGAUGCCUUCUUCUCCAUCAACACAACCUGAAGAUAGUUCACCUUAUUACAGCACUGGCAAUCCCACAAAAUCUGUGGAUAAAUCUGAAUCAAGUAGCAUGCCUGCAACUGACAUACCUACAGUUUCUCCAAUGAUCCACUCUCAAACCUCAACGCGUGCACCAAACACUGGUGAAACUGGACCUACUAUACAGCAGAGAACUGAUCAAACAGAAGGUAUACAUCUGACUACUGCUCAAGAAAGCAGGACAAGUGAACAUAUCACUGGUACACAUCAAGCUGUAAUUCUGAGUUCUCAGUCAAAUAAACCCUUCAUGACUGCAACUACAAUGGCAGAUGACAACAACAAUAAUGCUGCGACAAUGACCUCUGCAUCAAUAAACACUGUUGAUAGUACAUCUUAUUACAAAACGAAGAGACCUACUGCAAUAUCAAGAGAAAUGAAUCAAUCUGAUUUAUCCACCAUAACCGCCAAUGACAUAUCUACAGUUUCGCCCACUCAUCUCACUCGAACCUCUACACAAGCAUCAAAUACGGGUAAAACAGCAUCUACUAUACAACAUAUAACUGAUCAAACUGAAGGCAUGCAACUGACUACAGCUGCAGAAAACAAGCCGAGUAAAAGUACUAUCGGUACAGAUCAAACUGUUUCUUCAAGCUUGCAGUCAAAUGGACCCAUCAUGACUGCUACUUCAACAAUACACUAUAACACAAAUUCUGUGAUGCCUUCUUCUCCAUCAACACAACCUGAAGAUAGUUCACCUUAUUACAGCACUGGCAAUCCCACAAAAUUUGUGGAUAAAUCUGAAUCAAGUAGCAUGCCUGCAACUGACAUACCUACAGUUUCUCCAAUGAUCCACUCUCAAACCUCAACGCGUGUACCAAACACUGGUGUAACUGGGCCUACUAUACAGCAUAGAACUGAUCAAACAGAAGGUAUACAUCUGACUACUGCUCAAGAAAGCAGGACAAGUGAACAUAUCACUGGUACACAUCAAGCUGUAAUUCUGAGUUCUCAGUCAAAUAAACCCUUCAUGACUGCAACUACAAUGGCAGAUGACAACAACAAUAAUGCUGCGACAAUGACCUCUGCAUCAAUAAACACUGUUGAUAGUACAUCUUAUUACAAAACGAAGAGACCUACUGCAAUAUCAAGAGAAAUGAAUCAAUCUGAUUUAACCACCAUAACCGCCAAUGACAUAUCUACAGUUUCGCCCACUCAUCUCACUCGAACCUCUACACAAGCAUCAAAUACGGGUAAAACAGCAUCUACUAUACAACAUAUAACUGAUCAAACUGAAGGCAUGCAACUGACUACAGCUGCAGAAAACAAGCCGAGUAAAAGUACUAUCGGUACAGAUCAAACUGUUUCUUCAAGCUUGCAGUCAAAUGGACCCAUCAUGACUGCUACUUCAACAAUACACUAUAACACAAAUUCUGUGAUGCCUUCUUCUCCAUCAACACAACCUGAAGAUAGUUCACCUUAUUACAGCACUGGCAAUCCCACAAAAUUUGUGGAUAAAUCUGAAUCAAGUAGCAUGCCUGCAACUGACAUACCUACAGUUUCUCCAAUGAUCCACUCUCAAACCUCAACGCGUGCACUAAACACUGGUGUAACUGGGCCUACUAUACAGCAUAGAACUGAUCAAACAGAAGGUAUACAUCUGACUACUGCUCAAGAAAGCAGGACAAGUGAACAUAUCACUGGUACACAUCAAGCUGUAAUUCUGAGUUCUCAGUCAAAUAAACCCUUCAUGACUGCAACUACAAUGGCAGAUGACAACAACAAUAAUGCUGCGACAAUGACCUCUGCAUCAAUAAACACUGUUGAUAGUACAUCUUAUUACAAAACGAAGAGACCUACUGCAAUAUCAAGAGAAAUGAAUCAAUCUGAUUUAACCACCAUAACCGCCAAUGACAUAUCUACAGUUUCGCCCACUCAUCUCACUCGAACCUCUACACAAGCAUCAAAUACGGGUAAAACAGCAUCUACUAUACAACAUAUAACUGAUCAAACUGAAGGCAUGCAACUGACUACAGCUGCAGAAAACAAGCCGAGUAAAAGUACUAUCGGUACAGAUCAAACUGUUUCUUCAAGCUUGCAGUCAAAUGGACCCAUCAUGACUGCUACUUCAACAAUACACUAUAACACAAAUUCUGUGAUGCCUUCUUCUCCAUCAACACAACCUGAAGAUAGUUCACCUUAUUACAGCACUGGCAAUCCCACAAAAUCUGUGGAUAAAUCUGAAUCAAGUAGCAUGCCUGCAACUGACAUACCUACAGUUUCUCCAAUGAUCCACUCUCAAACCUCAACGCGUGCACCAAACACUGGUGAAACUGGACCUACUAUACAGCAGAGAACUGAUCAAACAGAAGGUAUACAUCUGACUACUGCUCAAGAAAGCAGGACAAGUCAACAUAUCACUGGUACACAUCAAGCUGUAAUUCUGAGUUCUCAGUCAAAUAAACCCUUCAUGACUGCAACUACAAUGGCAGAUGACAACAACAAUAAUGCUGCGACAAUGACCUCUGCAUCAAUAAACACUGUUGAUAGUUCAUCUUAUUACAAAACGAAGAGACCUACUGCAAUAUCCAGAGAAAUAAAUCAAUCUGAUUUAACCACCAUAACCGCCAAUGACAUAUCUACAGUUUCGCCCACUCAUCUCACUCGAACCUCAGAACAAGCAUCAAAUACUUGUAAAACAGCAUCUACUAUACAACAUAUAACUGAUCAAACUGAAG